AUGAUAUCUAGGAUCCUUAAAUCAGAUUGGGAACCACCUGAGGCAUUAAAAGAGUCUAAUAUACUCUGGUCAGAGCUCUUCUCUACCGAAAUACUGAAGGGAAAGAUAGGGACCAACUUCUCAACCAGCGCUUUCAAAGCCUGGAAGAAGCUGACCAAUGACACACGCUGGUACGUCUUAAAAGCAGAUAAAGGGGGAAAAACAGUUAUUUGGAGUAGGGAAGAUUACAAAAAAGAGGCACUUAGACAACUAGGGGAUAAAAACACUUACAUGGGGCUAUCAAAAACAGAGGCAGAGGGAUACAUAGGGAAAAUACAUAAACACAAAAUCAUAGUUACAAAUACACUUGAAAAACAUAACUGUAUCACAAAGGCGGAGGGUAGUAGAGUUAGGAACCAGCAGUUCUCGUUACCUGCCACAUAUUUUCUCCCAAAUAUCCAUAAAGAGAAGCGGGAAGACACCGGGGAAUUCGCAGCAAGACCAAUCAUAGCGGCAGUAGGUAGACCUUUCAAGGCUCUAGAUGAGUACCUUGCUAAGCUUGCGGCUUGUUUACUACCGUGCAACCCGGGAUUACUGAUAGACACAGCAGCGCUUUUAAGGGAUUUGGCAACAGUGCCAAAUCUCCCGCCAGGAGCUAAACUGUUUUCAGCUGAUGUAGUAUCGCUCUACCCGUCCAUCGACUGGGUAGAAGCGGUAGACGACUCAACCAGCUUCUAUAUGGAACACUUUGACGUAGUUAAAGAAUUUUGCGAGAAAAAUGAUAUGCUCCCUCCUCCUCCACACCAGAUCUUUAGAUACAUACUACAGAUGCUUUUAAAAAACAAUGUCUUCCAUUUACAAAAUGAAAAGUACUUCAGGAAGCUUAAGGAAACAGCAAUGGGUUGCUCGAUGUCAGUUUUUAUGGCCAACGCCUUUAUGUAUAGAAAAACACGACACCUUAUUGAGAACCCACCAGCCGAGCUUCUUUAUUUUGGAAGGUACAUUGAUGACAUUGUAGAGAUAUGGAGAGGGGCGAAUGAAAACAUUCCAAACCUCUUUGAGGGUGUAGUUGAUGACAACAUCAAACUCACAUUUGUCUACGGUGGUAAAACACUUAAAGCCCUUGACUUGCUAAUAGAGAUUGAGGAUGAUGGCUCACUGUCGACUCUUCUAUAUAGGAAGCCGACAGAAGGUACCCAAUUCGUACAUUGGACCUCAGCACAUCCAGUAAAUCUUAAAAGCUCAAUCCCAUACGCCCAACUCCUUAUGAUCAAAAGGAAUUGUAGUAAGCACUCUGAAUUCACCCGUGAGGCGGAGACACUCCUACACAAGUUCAGAAUAAGGGGCUAUCCUCAGAAGGUUCUAGACAGCGCUUAUAGCAAAGCUCUCCUUAAGGAUCGAGCCGAACUAUUGAAGACAGGGGGGAAACCAAUAACCAACCAACCAACCAAUACCUCGACACAGGCGACGAGCGCUUCACGUUAG